AUGCAGGGCCUCCUGUGGCUGCUGCUGCCUCUGGGCCUGCAGCUCCCCAUUGCUGCCAUCCCGGCAGAGGAAGAAGACCCAGCCUUCUGGAACCGCAAGGCAGCCCAGGCCCUGGAUGCAGCUAAGAAGUUGCAGCCCGUGGAGAAGGCGGCCAAGAACCUCAUCAUGUUCCUGGGGGACGGCAUGGGGGUGUCCACAGUGACGGCCGCCCGGAUCCUGAAGGGGCAACUGCAAGGCAAGCCGGGGCCCGAGACGGCCCUGGCCAUGGACCGCUUCCCCUACAUGGCUCUGUCCAAGACCUACAGUGUGGACAGGCAGGUGCCAGAGAGUGGAGCCACGGCCACGGCCUACCUGUGCGGGGUCAAGACCAACCACCAGACCGUCGGCGUGAGCGCGGCCGCCCGCUACAACCAGUGCAACACCACCUGGGGCAACCAGGUCACCUCCGUCAUGUACCGGGCCAAGGAGGCAGGGAAGUCCGUGGGGGUGGUGACCACCACGAGGGUGCAAGACGCCUCCCCGGCCGGCGCCUACGCGCACACCGUGAACCGAGAAUGGUACUCAGAUGAGGACCUGCCGGAGGACGCCCUGCAGGAGGGCUGCAAGGACAUCGCCCACCAGCUGGUCUACAACAUGGACAUCGACGUGAUCCUGGGUGGAGGCCGCAAGUACAUGUUUGCCAAGGGGACCCCGGACCCCGAGUACACACAGGACUCCAGCCAGAAUGGAGUGAGGAAGGACGGGCGCAACCUGGUGCAGGAGUGGCUGGCCAAGCGCCCGGGCGGCCAGUACGUGUGGAACCGCACGGCCCUCCUCCAGGCAUCCCAGGACCCCUCUGUGACACACAUCAUGGGCCUCUUUGAGCCAAGAGACAUGAAAUACGACAUCUUAAGAGAUCCCAACCAGGACCCAUCCCUGAUGGAGAUGACAGAGGCGGCCCUGCGCCUGCUCAGCAGGAACCCCAAGGGCUUCUUCCUCUUUGUGGAGGGGGGCCGCAUCGAUACAGGCCACCACGGCUCCAUCGCAUACCGGGCGCUGACGGAGACCAUCAUGUUCGACUCCUCCAUCGAGAAGGCCGGGCAGCUCACGAGCGAGAAGGACACACUGACCCUGGUCACGGCGGACCACUCGCACGUCUUCACCUUCGGCGGCUACACGCUUCGUGGCUCCUCCAUCUUCGGGCUGGCUUCCGGGAAGGCCUCUGAUGGCAAGGCCUACACCGCCCUUCUCUAUGGCAAUGGCCCUGGCUAUGCUGCCCAUGGCUCCAGGCCGGAUGUCACCGAGGCCGAGAGCAGUCACCCCACCUACAUGCAGCUGGCGGCCGUGCCCCUGUCUUCCGAGACCCACAGCGGGGAGGACGUGGCCGUGUUCGCGCGGGGCCCGCAGGCGCACCUGCUGCACGGGGUCCAGGAGCAGCACGUCCUGGCCCACCUCAUGGCCUUCGCCGCCUGCCUGGAGCCCUACACCCACUGCGGCCUCCAGGGCCCCACCGACGCCGCCCUGCCUGGGCCCGCAGGCGGCCUGACAUCCCUGGUGCUGGCGGCCGGGGCGCUGCUGCUGGUUCUCACACCCUGA